AUGAAUCUUUCACUCGAUACAAUACUAACCAACGCACGUGAGCUUGUUUCACGUUUACGUCGCGAUGAUACUACAGCUGACACAGCUGUAAGUCAAGCACAAUAUGUUCAAGAACGAAUUCUUAGCAUGAAACAGUAUGGUGAUGACCUUGCUGAAUUGAAUGACAUAAGCUCUCAUCGUCCAAAAACAGCGAUUCUUUACAAUAUUCAAAAAGAAAAUCGUCUGGUGAAACAAUUACAACAAGAAAACGAAGAAUUAAAACAAUUAGUUAUUGAACAUCGAAGUGUACUAGAAAAAAUAAUGUACAAAUAUCGGAAAGAUAUACAACAACUUAUUUUAAUGAGUAAAGAAGAAACAAAAGCUGUUAAUAUAUUUAAUACGUCAUUAGCUCAGGAUAUUCAAGAUAAAUCAUCAAAAAUUCAUGAAAUUGCAUCCGUUAUGCGUCAUGCGAUUAGUAUCGACGAUACACAUAGUGCAUCACAAGACGAACGCAUUAAUGCAUUGCUGCUCGAAAAUCGAGGUUUAAAAGAAAUUUUAGCUGUACACGAAACUAUGCAUCGACCAAAGCCAACAUCAACAAUUACAUUAGAGUCUACGGUUGCUAAAUCUCCAAUAUUGCAAACAACAACGACAACUAUAAUAGCACAAGAAAAUUCUCCUCCUUCUUCUUCUUCUUCUUCGUCCUCUUCUUCUGCUAAUGUGACUCCUGAUCUUACUACUAUAAUUUCUUCGACUCAACAAGAUUUACCUUCCUGA